GCUGUGCUCUGACACCCAGUCACGGCAUGGUGGGUGUAAGUGGAGGCUGAGAGAGGGAGGAGCCUUCGAGCAGGAGGCUGUGAUAUUCAGUCCGUCAGAGGGGAAGAAAAAAAACAACAACAAACAAACAGGACAAAAUAAAGCAGGGAGACAGAAAGGAUGAAGCUCAGGUUUUGUUCAGCUGCUGAACUGCAUUUCACGGAGGAGGCAAUGUAAUUUAUGAGCAACCCCCCACACAUGGACUCUUUGGCAAGGACUCUCUGAGACAGCUUCCUCCUCCUCCUCCUCCUGCUUUCUCUCUGCUACCCUAUCUCCUCCUCCUCCUCCUCCUCCUCCUCCACUGCUGCUGCUUCUCCUUCUGCUGUCUGAAUGAAUGGAUGAAUGAAGCAGGUAGUGUCUGAUGCUGUGGGCCGAGGUCUUCUAUGGCUGCCAGUACGGUCUCUUACUCGAAUCAGAGCUCCCCCACAUGCUCACCUGUGCUGCCAAAGCCCUCCCCCUCACCUGUGCCCCCGCUGAGCCCCAGGGCUGACAGGACAAUGGUGGAGAAAGGUGCAUCAGACCAGGCACCGGACCGCUCGCCCACCAACCCCGAACAGCAGCCAACCACGCGGCACCAGCGCACCUGCUCCCAACCCGUGCAGCCCACCAACAGCAACACACGCAGCGGAGGCAAGAACUCCAAGAAAAGCCAGAGCUGGUACAAUGUACUCAGUCCCACCUACAAGCAGCGCAACGAAGACUUCAGGAAGCUGUUCAAGCAGUUGCCUGACACUGAGCGCCUCAUCGUGGACUAUUCCUGUGCACUACAGCGGGACAUCCUCCUGCAGGGACGCCUCUACCUCUCAGAAAACUGGAUUUGUUUCUACAGCAAUAUAUUCAGAUGGGAAACACUGCUGGUGGUUCGACUGAAGGACAUCUGCUCCAUGACCAAGGAGAAGACAGCCCGUCUCAUUCCCAAUGCUAUCCAGCUGUGCACUGACAAUGAAAAGCACUUUUUCACUUCAUUUGGGGCGAGGGACCGGACGUACAUGAUGAUGUUCAGACUGUGGCAGAAUGCUCUUCUAGAAAAGCCGUUAUGUCCUAAAGAGCUGUGGCACUUUGUCCAUCAGUGUUAUGGUAAUGAACUCGGUCUAACCAGUGAUGAUGAGGACUAUGUCCCGCCUGACGAGGACUUUAACACCAUGGGCUGCUGUCCAUCUCCAUGGUGCAGGUAUUGCGAGGAGCUUCCUGUGGAGGAGAGCACGGAGAACAAUGACACCAGCAACAACCUCACCAAGAACACCGAGGCUAAGCCGGACAUCAGCCCUGUUCUGCCCCUCAGAACCUUCAGCAGUGCUCAACUAGAGCUGCCUAGAACUGACUCUCCAGUCCCGUGUGACGUGUCCCCUGUGGAGGACGUGUCCAGCCCUCUCCUCGACGCAGACCUCCUGAUCCUCCCCACACCUGAGGACCACAGCGACCAAACCCCUUCGCCAUCACUGGGCCUCGACGACAAUGAGGAGCUGCCAACUGAGCUUAGUGACUCAUCUGAGACCCACGACGAAGUUGAGGUGCAAGCUUUCCACCAGGACUUGGGUGGCAGGCAAUACAUCAACAGGGUGUACAAGCUGGGUGUCGACAAGAUGUAUGAAUUACUUUUCACCGAGUCGGAGUUCAUCAGGGACUUCCGGACACAGAGGGGUUUCUCAGAUCUUGUGUAUCACCCUUGGACAAAAGAGCAGGAUGGAAACAAGACCAGAGAUGUCAUGUACACUGUUGCGCUGAGUAAUCCUCUGGCUCCAAAGAUGGCCACCGUCACUGAGACACAGACUCUGUACAAGGCCAGUCAUGCAAACGGGUGCUACAUCAUCGAUGCUGAGGUGAUCGCCCACGACGUCCCCUACCAUGACUACUUCUACACUCUCAACCGCUACAUGCUCACCAGAGUGGCCAAGAAUAAGAGUCGUCUGAGGGUGUCAACAGAGGUUCAUUACAGGAAGCAGCCGUGGGGGAUCGUGAAGGGCUUCAUUGAAAGGAACUGCUGGAGUAGCCUUGAUGACUACUUCAGAAAUCUGGACCUGGAUCUGAAUAAGUUGGAUGUGAUGUUGAUGGAGCCCCACAUGCAGUCACCCAGGACCAAGGCUCUCAGGACGAGCACGAGCCGGAGGAGAAAACAGACACUGGUCAAUCACCUGAGGCCACCGGGAAAUCUGGACGCAGUCCUGAGUCCUGCAACCACUCCGGAGGAUGAGGAGGACAUCCGGCACAUCAAGCACGUGGCAGGUUCCACUCAGACGAGACACAUUCCUGAUUCCCCGGGGGGCCUCGCACUUUACAACUUCUCCAAACUGCUGCUUUUUGUCAGCCUCGUCCUGAUACUGCUGGUGGUUCUAAACGUCAUGCUGUUUUAUAAGCUGUGGAUGCUGGAGUACACCGCUCAGAGACUCACUGCAGAGCAGGGAUUCACCGCACAACAAAGCAAAACCCCUCAGUCCCAGAUGGAAUGGGUACAACUCCUGGACUCCCAGCAGCGUUACCAUGACAAUGAGCUCCAGAAAUGGAAACUGCUAAUCAAAUCAUCAUUGCUGCUGCUCGACGAGCUGAGAGAAUCCCUCCUCGAACUCCAUAAAAGCAUCGGCCUCAGAGACGACGACGACAACAACUCUGACGACGCUGCAGAAGAAGAAAACAACCAGUAUCACUGACGGAUAAUCUCGAGGUGUGUGGACAUGAUGUGCAAUAUUCAACCGAUACCUUCUCUGGUUGUGUGGAGAGUGUGGCAGUGGGGGAAAAAAAGACCAUGUCUGGAGUUAAAAAACACCACAAUUACAACCUGCAGAGAGACAAAUUCAUUGGUAGCCUCACUUCUAUAUCUACAUCUACCUGCUGCAGCUUUAUAUUCAUCCUUAUGGUUCUUCACAAAGUCUUUAUUUAUUUAUUUUGUAUUGUUUUUGUCACAAGCAGAGAAGGAUCAGACUGAACCAAAGCAACU